AUGGGUGUCCCCAAGUUCUUCCGCUGGAUGUCAGAGCGAUAUCCAGCCAUCUCCCAGCUCAUCGCCGAGAACCGCAUACCCGAGUUCGAUUGCCUCUACCUCGAUAUGAACGGCAUCAUCCAUAAUUGCACCCACAACGACAGUGGCUCCUCGAUCACGAAACAUGUCACCGAGGAGGACAUGUUCAUCAAGAUAUUCAACUAUAUCGAGCAUCUUUUCGGCAAGAUCAAGCCACAGCAACUCUUCUUCAUGGCCAUCGAUGGAGUAGCUCCUCGCGCCAAGAUGAACCAGCAGCGUGCACGUCGUUUCCGAACAGCACGUGAUAACGAGGAAGCGCGAGAGAAGGCGAUCAAGGAGGGUAAAGAGUUGCCAAAGGAGGAUCCAUUCGACUCGAAUUGCAUCACACCCGGUACCGAGUUCAUGGCCCGUUUGACACAGCAGCUCAAGUACUUCGUUGCGAAGAAAGUCAGCGAGGAUCUUGACUGGCAGGGCUGCGAGAUCGUCCUCUCUGGUCACGAGGUUCCUGGUGAAGGCGAGCACAAGAUCAUGGAGUACAUCCGACAAGCAAAGAGUCAGCCGAACUACAAUCCGAACGUGCGUCACUGCCUUUAUGGUUUGGAUGCCGAUCUGAUCAUGUUAGGCUUGUUAUCGCACGAUCCGCAUUUCUGUUUGUUGCGUGAGGAGGUAACGUUCGGCAGACAAGGCAAGGCGAAGAAUACAGAGCUGGAGCAUCAGAACUUCUACCUGAUGCACUUGUGCAUCGUUCGGGAGUAUCUGGAGCUGGAAUUCCAGCAGUUGAAAGAGCCGGGUAUUUUGAGCGUGCCUUUCGACAUGGAGCGUGUGAUUGAUGAUUUCAUUCUUAUGGCCUUCUUCGUGGGUAAUGAUUUCUUGCCAAAUCUACCCCACCUACACAUCAAUGAGGGCGCUCUUUCGCUCAUGUUUGGCGUCUACAAGCAAGUGCUGCCGAAGGCUGGUGGGUACAUCAACGAAGGCGGUGUCAUUAACCUCAAGAGACUGGAGAUACUUCUGGACGAGCUAAGCCAUGUUGAAUACAGGCAUUUCGAGUCGGAGCACUCCGAUGCAAGCUGGCUCAAGGACAAGUCAUUGAAAAAGGAGGAUGUCAUGGAGAAGGUCAAGCGUAAGGGCGGCAUUCAGUCCAUGACUUCGGGCCAGAAAGAGUUGUACCAGGUCAUCAAGCGGUACGUCAAUACUAGAAGUAUUGGCGAGACACAGCCAGGACCAUUGGAUCUGUCGACCACGCUGAAGGCCACCGAUCGAUUUUUUGUUGAAGAGCUGGCUAAGAGCCUGCAUUUGCAAUACAAGACUGUCGCGGACGACUCGGGUGACCGUCACGUCCAGCUCGCCUUUCCUCCACGCCCAGAAAUGGACGGUGAGGACGACGAAGAAGAUGAGGAGGCGCAGAAUGCACUACUACGGGUGUUCAAGCAAUACGAUCGUGCGAAGAUUGAGGAUGUUUCAGUUGAGCAGGCGCAGAUGAAGGCGCAGGAGAAGUACGACAACAAGUUCUUGGAAUGGAAGAACAAGCAUUACACAGACAAAUUCGAGUGGGAUCGCGACAAUGAUGCUGAGCUGACGGAGCUAACGGAGAAUUACGUUCAGGGCCUGCAGUGGGUCUUGUUCUACUACUAUCGAGGAGUGGCAAGCUGGCCAUGGUACUACAAAUAUCAUUACUCGCCCAUGAUUUCCGAUGUCAAGAAGGGUCUGAAGGCGGACAUGAACUUCCAGCUUGGUCAGCCAUUUCGGCCGUUUCAGCAAUUGAUGGGUGUGCUUCCGGAGCGAAGCAAGAAGAUUGUGCCGCAGAUUUACUGGCCGCUCAUGAUGGAGGAGAGCAGUCCAAUCAUCGACUUCUAUCCUCGUGAUUUCGAGCUAGACAUGAAUGGCAAGAAGCAGGAGUGGGAGGCCGUGGUCAAGAUUCCGUUCAUUGACGAGAAGAGGUUGUUGGCUGGUAUGGCGCCGAAAGACGCCAUGCUGUCGGAUGCUGAAAAGCAUCGCAACUCCUUCGGCGUCACAUUGAAGUUUGUCUACGAUGCCAUGACGGACUACACCCACCCGAGUAGUAUGCCCGGCAUCUUUCCGGAUUUGGAGCAUUGCCAUUGCGUGGAAAAUAUAUUUGAAUUGCCGACUAUGGAAGGCCUCGACUACCAUAUCGGUUUGGUGCCUGGUGUGAAGCUUGGUGCGGCGGCGCUGUCUGGCUUUCCGAGCCUGCAUACUUUAGCGCACACUGGCACUCUUGGCUUUCAUGGCGUCAACGUCUUCCAGCAGGACAGUAGGAAUGAAAGCAUGGUCGUUACGUUGUCCGAAGGGGAGGAGAAAGGCACAGCUGCCCAUGCUAUGGCACGGCUUGGCUUGGCAGUGCACGCUGGGUACCCAUUCUUGUCCGAGGGCAAGGUCGUUGCUGUCAGCGACGAGAUGUUUUCAUACAGGCUCGCUGACCCAAGCUCGCCUGCAGAGGGUGCGAACGUUGUGCAGACACCACACCAGCCGCAGAAUCUUGCGGACUGGAAGAAGAAAGCUGAUCGUAUUGGGAAAACAUACUCAAAACGUCUUGGUAUGGAAAUUGGAGAGGUCGAGAGCUUGAUUACCAUUGACACGCUUAUUGGCCUGCGCAAAGCUGAGGACGGCGCCACGAUCAAGGAAUACGCGCCCAUGUCGGGCCGAGAGCCAGAUUUUGCCACUCAGACCAUCGUCGACCGAGUCAUCAGUGAGGAACAGCGCUUCCUGGAGAAGGCAGCUGUUCCCAUAGAGGAGGAGUUCCCUGUUAAUACUCGCGCAUUCUUCCUAGGCGAUAUGGCUUAUGGCCGCCCACUGGAGAUUACUGGUCACCAGUCGGGCGGUAAGGCCGAAGUCUGGGUGAGCAUACUCGUGGGCCGCGAGCCUGAGUUCGGCAGAGACAUCGCGUUCCAGGCUGAGCGAGCAGACCCGUAUAGGCCUUCGUAUCAGGUGGCCAAGAUGCUGCACCUGCAUCCUUUGGUGCUGUCGAAGCUUACGAGCUCCUUCAACGUCAAUUCCUCUGGGCUGCGCCUGAACUUGGGUCUGAACCUGAAGUUCGAGGCGAAAAAGAUGAAGGUUCUUGGUUACAGCAGGAAGAACGCUAGCGGAUGGGAGUACAGUGACAAGGCUGUCAAUCUGCUUGUCGGGUACAUGACACAGUUUCCGGAGUUCAUUGCAGCUAUCCAAGACCAUCCUACAGGCGACGGUUGGGAGGAUACUAAUUUCUACUCUGACCCACAGACGGCGAAGGCCAGAAUGAAGGAGAUCGGCGCUUGGCUGAAGACCGUUGAGACCAAGGCUUUCGAGCGCGUGCCGCUCGAGGCCGAGCAGCUUGACGGCAAUACAGUCAUGAAGAUUGAGCAGGCGGCUGAUCAGAACAAUGUCAACGGUCAGAAAGUGGACGGCAAGAAGAUGGCUGGGGUCCCGCGUAUGGCUUUGCUGAAGCCGCAGGACGCGGAAAUGAGGACGCAGCAUCAGAAGUAUCGUCUCGGCGAUCGCGUGGUGUACGUGCUAGACUCUGGACGAGUGCCUAUCGCUAUGCGUGGUACGGUCGUCGGCUUGACACGUACGAGCCGACAGACUCUGCUCGAUGUGGUCUUCGAUUCAAAGUUCAUGUCUGGCACGACACUCAAUGAUCGUUGCUCGCCGUUCAGAGGAAGCACAGUCCCUAGUAAUGCUGUGCUGAAUUUGAGCGAAAAGCAAGUAAUUGCUAUGAGUCAGGCGGGCAAGGCUAGGAUGCCACAACAGCAGCAUCUAUCCUUAAGGCCUGGUCAGCAUGCCGGUGGUGCCAACAUGAACGGUGGGGCUUAUGGCCUGCCCGGCGGUCCUCAGUACCGGCAGGCUGAUGCGCCCCCUAUGCUGAGAGGUGGGUACGCGCAGAGAGCCCGCGGUGGUGUGCCGAAUGGAGCGCCACAGCAGAAUGGUCAAGGCUUUGCGACUCGUGGUCGAGGUGGACUUGGCUUCCAACAGGCCAAUGGAGAUGGUGCGCAUCGUGGUGGUGGCCGAGGUGGCAUGAACGGCGAUGCAAGAGGCUUCGCUCCUCGUGGUCGUGGUGGUGGCAAUCGCCAGGGCUACAAUGUGAUCGACAAUAGUGAUCCAACCGAGGGAGUGGUCAGGAACAACCCUUCUUUCCGGCCGCAGAGCUACAGCAGUGUGCCACCACCAGCAGACUUGAACGCUGCGAGGGGCAACGGUAGAGGACGUGGACGUGGUGGUAGAGGCAGAGGUGGGAGGGGUAGAGGCGAGACGGUCGUUACGUGA